UGAAGCUUGUCUGUGAAACACUAAGGCGCACCGAGCAGAAGAUUUCUAUCUCCAGUCUGCACACUGCCACUGAACAAAGAUGCCUGUAGAGAGGCAGCCAAUCAGAGACAGAUCUGCAGUGGGUCGGUUUCCAUCUGUCACUCUUGGAUUUGAGGAAGACACAGAGCAAGGACAGAAACAACCAGAAGAAAAUCAUGCUCAGAAAAAAAAUGCAUGCCAUCAGUGGCUGUGUAAAGUUUGCCCAUCCUGCAGUCCCAAAGUAAAUGAUGAUGACAUCGCACACAUUUUGGUCAUAGGGAAGGAUGACCUGAAUGAGGAGCACGAGCUCAGCGAACACCUUCUCCAAGUGCGAUCAAUAGACCUACUGAAAAGCAAAUCAGGGCCGAACCGCAUGGAACAUCACACAAAUCUAUACCACCGUGAAAAUUUAAUUAUUCGCAGAGGACAGAAUUUCCAGAUGUGGAUUACCCUGUCUCGAUCGUUCAACCCCAACACUGACAAACUUCACCUGGAACUUAAAACAGGGCCACUGCCAUCAGUCUCAAAGGGAACCCACAUAAUAAUCCCUUUAGUGGAAGAGUUGGAGGACAAUCGCUGGGAGGCUGCUGUUGUGACACACGAUGACAAAAAGAUAAAGUUGUCUGUUAAUUCUCCACCCACGGCGGUCAUUGGCCGAUAUCAGCUCACUGUGGAAACCAACUGUGGAAAUGACAAUAAGGCCAUUUCCACACACACUCCUGCUAAUGACAUCUACAUGUUGUUCAACCCCUGGUGUGAAGAUGACACAGUGUUCAUGGAUUCUGAAGAUGAGAAGAAAGAGUAUAUACUGAAUGACGUUGGACAAAUCUACUAUGGCACAGAAGAUCAAAUUGGGAUGAGGACCUGGAACUAUGGACAGUUUGAUGAAGAGAUUCUUGAUGCUUGCCUCUAUAUCCUGGAAAAGAGUGGAACUCCUCCGUCUGGUUGGGGCGAACCAGUUAAUGUGGCACGAAUCAUCUCAGCCUUGGUCAACUCCCCUGAUGACCAGGGGGUCCUGGAGGGAAACUGGUCAGGAGACUAUUCAGGUGGAACUACUCCAACAGUGUGGAGUGGAAGUGUGGAAAUCCUGAAGGAAUACUAUAAAAACAAUGGCACCCCCGUUAAGUAUGGCCAGUGCUGGGUCUUUGCUGGCGUGGUCACUGCAGUUUUACGGUGUUUAGGCAUUCCCACUCGAACUGUGACCAACUUCAGCUCAGCUCAUGACACAGACAAUUCCUUGACCACAGACGUAUACCUGGACGAGAACCUGGAGCCUAUAGAUCAUCUCAAUACUGACUCUGUCUGGAACUUCCAUGUGUGGAACGACUGCUGGAUGGCUCGUCCAGACUUGCCUCCGGGCAAUGGAGGGUGGCAAGCUGUUGACGCCACACCUCAGGAGACCAGUCAGGGCAUCUACAACUGUGGCCCUGCUUCUCUUGCAGCUGUCCGCAAUGGUCAGGUCUACCUCAAACAUGACUCUUCAUUUGUGUUUGCUGAGGUAAACAGUGAUAAAAUCUACUGGCAGAGAAAUGCAGAUGGGACCUUCAGUCAGAUUUACAGUGAGGAAAAGGUUGUAGGCCACAACAUCAGCACCAAGGCUGUUGGCUCUGAUGAACGCUAUGACAUCACACACCUUUACAAAUAUCCUGAAGGUACAGACUUGGAGCGCAUUGCUGUGGAAACAGCAUGUCACUACGGCUCCAAAGCAAGCACCUAUUCAUCUCCAACAGCAGACGUCACUAUAGAAGUGACCAUGGAUGGUGAAGGUCCUAAAAUGGGACAGGAUGCAGAGCUUACUAUUAAGCUGCAAAACAGCAGCUCAGCACAACGCACGGUUACCCUGCAUGGCCAGGCAGCAGUCAUGUACUACACAGGUGUCCUCAAGGCCACAGUCAGAAAGGAUGAAGUAGUCAUGGAAGUAAUGCCCAACGAGGUAAAAUCCUUGGAGUGGGCCAUGGAGUACAAAGACUACAAGGACCAGCUGAUAGAUCAGGCUGCUCUGAUGCUGACACUGUCAGGCAGGGUCAAAGAAACACAGCAGGUUUUGGCCACUCAGUUCAGUUUCCGACUCAGGACACCAGACCUCACCUUAAAGCCAGUUGGGAAGGCCGUGGUAGGGGACGAGAUGGCAGUAGAGAUUUCUUUUACUAACCCCCUACCACAGAUGCUGAAAGCAGUGAUAUUCCAUGUGGAAGGACUGGGCCUUCUAAAUGCUCGAAAGAUUAAUUAUGGAGAUAUUGGCAGCCGUGCCUCCGUGUCUCUCACUGAGCACUUUGUCCCAACGCUUUCUGGACCAAGGAAAUUACUGGCUUCGCUGGACUGUAAGCAGCUCACACAGGUUCAUGGUGUAACCGACAUCACUGUGGCGGAAAAAAGCAACACUGCUUGAUAGCAAUUUAAAAACAGAGGCAUGUGGACAUUG